AUGUUUACGAAAGCAGCAUUUUCGUCUCUGUGCGCAAGUCGACACGCACCAAUAUCAGUUGCUGUUCGUGGAAUCGCUAACAUUCCUGCUCACGAAUACCACAUACGAUUUGAUCAACGAGUUGGACGAAAACGACCAGCACAAGAUGUUCUGGACAGAUUCAAACGUUUGAACAAUGGUAUGUGGAUCCAUGCCCACCCUGGACGUCACAAAUUGAGGUACAUGAAAGAUGAAACUUGGCAGAAAACAAGUCUGUAUUACGAGACAUGCACAAAAGAACAAUGUGAAAUUCUGGAUAAGCUGAUGACACCCUACUGGCUUCGUCCGAAGCAUUAUCCAAACGAUCCAUAUUCUGCUUAUCACGUCCGCCAUAACAUUGACUCGCCUCGUGUCGACGAUCGAGGAAAUUUCGUGCGCGAGCGAAAGAAGGUGCUGAUGGACGACUCUACUUCACAACGUUUUUUCAAAGACUGUUGA